CAUCACCAGUUACACUCCAGUCUCCCAUCUAUUGAGUCGAACUCUCCCUCGUCUUGUAGUUCCACUCUGCCUUAUCUCAUGCAAGGAGAUACAUCGUGACUCUGGAUGCUUAAAUAAUCCAAAGAGAGACCACUGAAGACCCUAACGAACACCAGUGUCAAAAUAAUCAAAGGAGACGGCUGCCUAUGAAUUUCUUCAUUUCCACCAACAAUACCAGAGUAAUCUAAUUUAGAAGAGAUGAAUGAAACCCUCCUUGUGAAUGAAACGGCAGUUCCAGCCCCCUGGAUUGAAGCCAGCGAUGGCAAUUCAUCCUUGGAGCUUUCCUCCAAACUUGUGGAGUUUGCCAUUAACCCCUGGGACAUCAUGUUGUGUGUAUCUGGGACUAUUAUUGCCUGUGAGAACGCGAUUGUUGUGGCCAUCAUAAUUUACACACCAGCCUUGAGAGCACCUAUGUUUGUGUUGAUUGGGAGCCUUGCAACAGCAGAUCUCCUGGCCGGCAUGGGACUAAUACUGAACUUUGUAUUCCAAUAUUUAAUUCCAUCUGAGACUAUCAGCCUUGUUACUGUGGGGUUCCUGGUUGCCUCAUUCACUGCUUCAAUUAGCAGCCUGCUAGCCAUUACUGUUGACCGGUAUCUUUCACUUUACAAUGCCCUGACUUAUUUCUCAGAAAGGACUAUGUUCUGUAUCCACAUGAUGUUGGUCAUUACAUGGGGUGUCUCCAUUUGCUUGGGUCUUUUGCCUAUAUUGGGUUGGAACUGCCUGAAUGAUCUGUCAGCUUGCAGUAUUGUCAAACCCUUGACCAGAAGCAAUGUGACUUUACUGGCUAUAUCAUUCUUUGUGAUAUUUAUGGUCAUGUUAAACCUCUACUUCAAAAUCUGCAAGAUAGUAUGCAGGCACGCCCACCAGAUUGCUCUCCAGCAGCACUUCUUCACAACAUCACACUACGUGGCCACCAAGAAGGGUGUCUCGACUCUUGCCAUAAUCCUGGGAACCUUUGGGGCGAGUUGGCUACCCUUUGCCAUCUACUGCUUAGUUGGCGAACACGAGUAUCCCUCAGUGUACACUUACGCCACUCUUUUGCCAGCGACCUAUAACUCCAUGAUCAAUCCCAUCAUUUAUGCCUUCAGGAACCAGGAGAUCCAAAGGUCAAUUUUCGUCUUAUUCUGUGGAUGUUUCCAGACAAACGUGUCUUAUCGUUCAAGAUCUCCAAGUGACGUUUAAGUGAUUCAUGUUGACUUGUAACUUUUGCAAAGUGACAAUCUGCAUUUGAAAUUAUUGUGCCUGCUAGAUAAAAAAUGUAUUGAAACGGUGUAGUGGAUUAGCACUUUAUUUAUUUGUAGCUCUGGGAGAACUGAAUGGUGAAUUCAAUUUACUGUGAACAAGGAUAAACAAUGCUUUUAAGCAGGCAAUAAUUACCACUGAAAAUGAUUAUUAUCGUUAAGAUAAUAAACCCACUGUGUUGUGUCAUUUGUUACCCCAAAGCUGGGUUCAUCACACUGUAAACAACAUGUUUAAAAACACAUUUUAGUAUUUGUAUGCGUAACACUGUAAUGUAUACAUUGUGCGUCUAAAUUAUAUUCUCAGAUAAUUAAAACAAACACUAAAGUGUUACAAAUAUGUUGCAUAAUGUUUGUUAAAUUCUUAAACAUUUGGUUUUACACUGCACAGACUAGUUAUUAUGGCAAAACAGAGGCAAAUACAGAUAAUUACAGAAAAUGAGAAUUACUCUUGAAUCAUUUGUGUACAUUAUUGCUUGGUUAGUGUGACCCAAAUUUGUUUUAUGGACCUUGUAUUACAUGUAAUGUGGAAACAUUUCAAAUGCUGCUAUAAAAAAGCACUUUUUUCUUUAUUUAACUGCCAAAGCAGUGUUUCAUAUUUGUAAAAAAUGCAUACCUGCAAGUACUGAUGGUCUGUUGUGUAUUAUGUUGUGUUACAUGGUGUAUAUUUUACACUGGAAGAAUACAAAAAUAAAUACAAAUAUUCAUGAUUUCCUACCUCAUGUUUGAUUCAUUCAUGUAUAUUUCUAAAUAUGGAAAAUAAACUGGGUUCGACCUCAGUGACUGGACAAUUAAAGACAAUUGCUAUUUAGCGUUCUGCUCUGACAUCCAUUGAUUAUUCAUGUUCCUUUACAGGAGGAUUACUGUAAAUAUACCACAAAUGAAAGGUAACACUCACCCUGUAAAUAACCCUACAGUAGAUAAUCAAUCCUGCAAGAAAGUAAAAUGACCUGCACCGUCUUAGACUUUAUUUAUAUAAAUAUGUAUUUCUACAACCGGUGUAGGGCCAGAAAGUGGUACAUCGUCAGAAUGUGGUACGCAUACCUGUUUAACGCCAGAAAAUGGUAUGCUGUCAAUACUGUGAUGACUGCACAAAUCACUAUGCACGAUAAACUAUAGUUCACCCACAAAAUUGUAUAUGUUUACAAUUUCAUAUACUCCAAUUUGAUCGCUCAUCAGUUAAAGUCACAUACAUUUGCUGAAUUGUGAAAAAAAUUACAUCAAAAUGAACUUUAAGGGCCAAACUCAGUAAAUCGUAACCCUAUCAGAUAGUUGUUUCCUUUUUUUCUGAGCUAAAAUCAUUUGCACAUGCCCUGGCAAGUGCAGUAAAAGGUGUACCAUGUUUUAAAACGCGUACCACAAAAUAACACCACACCUGCACUGCAUUUAAAAAAUUGCUAAUGUAUUAUGCACAAAUCAACCUAAUAAAACUGAAUAUUGUACAGUCCUAUUUGUGUUAUAUUUGUUCAUACAAAAACUGUUAGUAAAC